GAAAGAGAUAGCGCAAGGAAAUUGGCGAAAUGGCCGAGACCGACGCACAGGGCCAAUCAUACGAAGCCCAACACGUGCACUCAGUCUAUGAGGAGAUCGCAUCACAUUUCUCGUCUACAAGGUACAAGCCAUGGCCCAUCGUGGAACGAUUUCUCGAGGAGCGGCCGGACGGUGCCAUAGGUGCUGAUGUCGGGUGCGGGAAUGGGAAAUAUCUCAGUAUCAAUGAUAAGGUGUUCAUUGUGGGUUCGGAUCGAUCCACAAACCUCGUCAGCAUCGCCAAACAGCACCACCAACACCUCAACACCUCCUCCCUAGUCGUGGCUGACAACCUCUCGCUCCCGCACCCGCUCCACGCCUUCGACUUCGCCAUCUCCAUCGCCGUCAUCCACCACCUGUCGACGCCCGCGCGGCGCGUCGAGGCCGUGGCUGCGGUGCUCGAGCUGCUCAAGGGGGCAGGAGGUAGGGCGCUGAUUUACGUGUGGGCGCUUGAGCAGAAGGAUAGUCGGAGGGGGUGGGAUGAGGGGCAUGAGCAGGAUGUUAUGGUGCCGUGGGUUAUGAAGGGGAAGAAGGAGAAGAAGACGGGGAGUGCGAAGAAGGGGAGGCGGAAGGGUGAUGGCGAAGAAGGAUAUGGGGAGGCGGCGAAGGAGGAGGAGCAGGCGGUGGCGGCGGUGCAGGACAAGACGUUUUUGAGGUAUUAUCAUUUGUAUAGGAAGGGUGAGUUGGAGCAUGAUGUCGAGGAGGCUGGGGGCGUGGUCGUGGAGUCUGGGUAUGAGAAGGAUAAUUGGUGGGCCAUUGCGAGGUUGAAGGAUGGGGAUGGGAGGUGAAUGGGACGGAAUUGAACGGCAUCUAGAUUCAAAAUGUAUAUGUUAUAUGAGAAAUGCGGUUCUAUGUAUAGAAUGCUUG